CCUUCCCCUCCCCGGCCGUUCCCCACCUCCAGCUCUCAUCUCAGCCCCCGGUGCCCAGGGCCCCUGGGACCACCCUACCCUCCAGGUCUUGGCCAUCCUGACCCCCAUCCUGGGAUUUUUGCCAAAUCUCUGGGAGGAGACCGUUUGUUUGGGUUAUGCCCCCUGGUGGCAGGACAGUGCCUGCCUAGACCCUUGACCCCUAGCCCUCAACUCCCCAGCCUCCUUUGUGUGACAGCUGCCCCUCCGAUCAGCACCUUGGUUAGGGGCCCGAGGGGAAGCCAGCGCCCACCACUUGCCCCCCGGCCCCCUCCGCUUGCCUUCCCGCUGGGCAGCUCCCCUGGCCUCCAGGCCUCUCCCUGCUCCCUCGGCCCCUCCUCCCGGGCCGCCCCAAUGAAGGAGCCGGAUGCCAUCAAGCUGUUUGUGGGGCAGAUCCCGCGGCAUCUGGAGGAAAAGGACCUGAAGCCCAUCUUCGAGCAGUUUGGUCGGAUCUUCGAGCUGACUGUCAUCAAGGACAAGUACACGGGGCUGCACAAGGGAUGUGCCUUCCUGACAUACUGUGCCCGCGAUUCAGCCCUGAAGGCCCAGAGCGCCCUGCACGAACAGAAGACGCUUCCAGGGAUGAACAGACCAAUCCAGGUGAAGCCAGCCGACAGCGAGAGCCGAGGAGAAGACCGGAAGCUCUUUGUGGGGAUGCUAGGGAAGCAGCAGACAGAUGAGGACGUCCGGAAGAUGUUCGAGCCUUUUGGGACCAUAGACGAGUGCACUGUGCUGCGGGGGCCGGAUGGCACCAGCAAAGGCUGCGCCUUCGUGAAGUUCCAGACCCAUGCCGAGGCCCAGGCAGCUAUCAACACCCUUCACAGCAGCCGGACCCUGCCGGUGAGCCCCUCACACUCCCUACCCCUCACCCCCCACCCUCUCCAGCCCGCCUCGCCCAGGGCCAGCCCUGGCUCAGGGGCCCAGUCCAUUCCUGACAGGGUCUUUGCAUUUAUUGGGAAAGAAUUUUCUGGCAGAAGAACCGAACUUGUUAGGGACACCUUCACAUUUCAAAUAGCAUCUCCCUGCCUUUUGUCUCUCAUCCCUGUCCCUCAUCUUCAGUCCAAAUGCCGCCUCUCCUACCUCCACCAUCCCUCCACCUCUGCUCAUCUCCCACCUCUUCUCCACCUCCCAUCCCGGGGCCAUGGCCGGGCCUCAGGACGCUGGCUUAGAGGCCCCACAUGCCCCGCCAUGGCCACCAUGGCUGCCGUGCAGAUGCAACACAUGGCCGCCAUCAAUGCCAAUGGCCUCAUCGCCACCCCCAUCACCCCGUCCUCAGGAACCAGCACCCCUCCUGCCAUCGCUGCCACGCCCGUCUCGGCCAUCCCCGCCGCCCUGGGCGUCAACGGCUACAGCCCGGUGCCCACCCAGCCCACUGGGCAGCCUGCCCCUGAUGCUCUGUAUCCCAAUGGGGUUCACCCCUACCCAGCCCAGAGCCCCGCGGCCCCCGUGGACCCCCUGCAGCAGGCCUACGCGGGGAUGCAGCACUACACAGCAGCCUACCCAGCAGCCUACAGCCUGGUUGCGCCUGCGUUCCCGCAGCCUCCUGCCCUGGUCGCCCAGCAGCCCCCGCCUCCGCCCCAGCAGCAGCAGCAGCAACAACAGCAGCAGCAGCAGCAGCAGCAACAGCAGCAACAGCAGCAGCGGGAAGGCCCUGACGGCUGCAACAUCUUCAUCUACCACUUGCCCCAGGAGUUCACGGACUCAGAGAUCCUCCAGAUGUUCAUCCCCUUUGGCCACGUCAUCUCAGCCAAAGUCUUUGUUGACCGGGCCACCAAUCAGAGCAAGUGUUUUGGCUUUGUGAGUUUCGACAAUCCAGCCAGCGCCCAGGCUGCCAUCCAGGCCAUGAACGGUUUCCAGAUUGGCAUGAAGCGCCUCAAAGUCCAGCUAAAGCGGCCUAAGGAUGCCAACCGGCCCUACUGAGGGCCCCAGGUCUGGAGGCUCCACAGGAAGGGGCUCACGCCUGCCCGGCCCCAGCCCCCUCUGCACAUCUCUGGGCCUCGACUGGGCUCUGGGGGCACAGGACACACCCACUCCUGCCAGCCGCCUCUCCGCAAGGGCCUGUUUCCUCCCAGGUGCCCUUUUGGCCUUUGUGAGGGAGCAAGGGACAGGCCUGAAGGCUUGGGGUACCUGCCUUCUGCGGGGCUCCUGUGCCGGGCCUCCUGUGCCCAGCUUUCGCACCUGCGUCCCCACCAGGGGCCUGUUCUACCUGAGCAGCGGGAGGGCCGCGGGGCUCCCACAUGCUCCCCACUCGCCCGCCCCAGCCUCUUCCCCACACCAGGGGUUUCUCAGAAGCUGGUUCUUGCUCCGUGCCACCCUGAGCUAGAGGUAGGACACCCCUAAACCCUGGGCUCCCAGCCCUAAAACUCACUGCCUCCCUAAGGGCCCCCUCUAAGGAGGGUGUGGGGGAGCCCUGAGGGCUGCCUCUCCGCCAGUCAGCCACAGAGACCCUCCUCCUUUCACGAGGAAAAGACCUCCCCGAACCCCUAAAAAUGUUUACAGUCUCUGCUGGUCCCUCCAUGUAAAUACCACUACCAGCCGUGUGUGCGUUAUCCAGCCCGGCCCGGCCCGGCCGCUGCCAUCUCUCUUCGGGGAGUUUAGACAAUGUUUCCCUUGGAUUUCUUCUCUCUUGAUUUCUCCCUUUGCUUUGGGGGUAAUUGGGUAUUAGGGAGGAGGGGUGUGGGGAGGGAUAAAGGGGUUUAUUACCUGGUCAUUUUCUUUAGGAAGAGGUUUUAGGGGAAAGAAGUGGGGUGGGGGUGGGAGUGGU